AUGACGUACCCCCGUCCUGACUUCGAGCGCAACCCACUUCGUUGGGAAUCCCUCAAUGGACAGUGGGAUUUCCUCUUCGACGAUGCCGACGCUGGCCUCUUAGAGAAUUGGCAGCGUAGCGGUCUCCCUGAAAAGGUCAACUUCACCACAUCGGCCUCCCGCAAAGAUGCGGCAGGCCAGAGCGACAGCGUCGUCCAGAAAAUCAUGGGCGAGGCCCACUCUCUCAUCCAGAACAACGUCUUCACUUCUUCCACCCAAACCUCCAACUCAAAAACCAAAAUCAACGUGCCCUACGUCUUUCAAUCUCCUGCGUCGGGGAUCAAUGACCGUGGUGUGCAUGAGGUUCUUUGGUAUGAGCGUGCUGUCUCGGACUUGAGAUCCAAGGCUGAGAAGGAGAAGAAUCAUAGGCUGGUCCUCAGAUUCGGAGCGGUGGAUUAUGAGGCGUCUGUUUGGGUCAAUGGGGAGUAUGUUGGUGGGCAUCGUGGUGGACAUGUUCCGUUCGAGGUCGAUAUCACUGAUGCUGUCAAUGCGGCUAAGGAUGCUACUACUCACCGUGUCACCAUCCGAGUUUAUGAUUCAGCUUAUGAUUUGACACAGCUUCGAGGAAAGCAGUACUGGGCUGCUAAGCCUGAGACUAUCUUUUACACACCUUCUGGUGGUAUCUGGCAGUCUGUCUGGCUUGAGGUUGUUCCCUCGGCUCGUAUUGCUGAUAGCUCUUCUGGCACCGUUAUCAAGUCCAACGACAUCCACUCUGGUCAGCUCCGCAGUACCAUCGCCACCAAGGGACGUCGUGUUGGUAGAGACUACAGCGUUGAGCUCGAGGCUAGUUUCGCUGGUGUCCCUGUUGCCAAGUCUGACAAGAAGGCUCUUCCUCACGAGUCCAACUCCGUUGGUGUCGAACUCAACGUUCGUCUAUCUGAAGAGCAGCGCUCCCAGCUUCCUCAAUCUGUCCUCGAAAAGGCUCCUCUAGAGAGUGGCUUCGCCUGGCGCGAUGGUGUGGCUCUUUGGUCUCCCGAACACCCUCAACUCUACGACCUCACCAUCCGUCUGUAUGACGAAACCGACGCCGUCAUUGACGAAGUCAAGACCACAACCGGCAUGCGCAACAUCAACUGGACAACCGGCGACAGCACUUGGCGUCUCAACGACAAGCCCUACUUCCAGGCUCUCUGUCUCGACCAAGGCUACUGGCCUGAGACCUUCAUGACACCUCCCAGCUCCGAAGCUCUCAAGCUUGAUAUCGAGCUUGCUAAGAAGAUGGGUCUUAACGGCUGCCGUAAGCACCAGAAAGUUGAAGACCCUCUGUUCUACUACUGGGCUGACAAGCUUGGAUUCCUCGUUUGGGGAGAAAUUGCGAAUGCUUAUGCUUUCAGUGCUGAGUAUAUUGACCGAUUCAACCAAGAGUGGACGGAGGCUGUCAAGUUGGUUAUCAACAGGCCUUCAGUCGUGACAUGGACUCCUGUGAACGAGAGCUGGGCUUAUCCCAACCUUGAGGAUAACGCUGAGCAGCGAAACCACAUCCGCCAGCUGUACUAUCUCACAAAGAACCUCGAUGAUACCCGAAGUAUCAACGACAACUGUGGCUGGCAGCACGUCCUCACGGAUCUUACCACCUUCCACGACUACUCCGACGGCCCUGAGAUUGAAAAGACCUGCGCCACCCUCGAAGGCAUCAUCGCCCCUAAGGCCGGCGGCCGCGGCGUCUUCCUCAAGCCAAUCCCAGGUGUCGAUGAAGGUUCCUCUCACAAGCCCGGCGCACCUGUCAUGAACACCGAAUUUGGUGGUGUUAAUAUUGCUCCUGCCAAGAAGGAGGAGGGCGAUAACCUUGACUGGGGAUAUACCACCGCUACAAACCCUGAUGACCUUGUCAAGAGAAUCGAGCGUCUUGUUAAUGGCAUUGUCUUGCCCGGACACUGCUGUGCUUUCGUGUACACCCAAUUGGCCGAUAUUGAGCAGGAAGUCAACGGACUGUAUACUUUCAACCGCGAGGAGAAGUUGGAUCCUGCCAAGGUCAAGGCUGUCCUCGAUAAGGCUAUUGGACAGUACUACAACAGGGUUCGAUAA